AUGCAUUGGGAAAACAAUCUUUCCCGACGCACCACGAAGGCAUCGAGGGGAAAAGAAAGGAGAAGCCGAGAUCGUCGUCGCGAUUUUCGUCGCCCUUCCGCCGUUGUUCCGCCGCCGUCCGUCGCCGCCCUCCUUCGUCGUUGUCCCUCGCCGCCGCCUGCCACUUUAGCUGGGGGUGGUGCAGCUCCGCCUGAACUCCAAGAUGAUGGUGGUUCGGCUCCGCUUCUUCAAAAUGAUGGCGGUGCAGCUUCGUCUUUGCCUCUACAAGAUGGUGGUGAUGCAACUCCGCCUCUCCAAAAGAAUGGUGGUGUAGUCUACCUCACUACAAGAAAAAUGACAUACUAUGACACCUCACUACAAUCCAAAUUGAAAGGAGAGGAAAAAAAAUGUCAUAAAAUGUCAAAAUUUGCGUUUUUUUUGUAG